UUAUGUUGGCACCACAACCGUACUCGAAGUAAUAGUACUCUGUCACCCUGUCAGUGGUUGAAUUGUUCAGGAUUUUCAGGGGAGAACACAUUUGGACACGAUUCACUAGUAUUCGUACGUCACUGCAGGAACGAUCGGCAUGAGUAGCGCGAGCCUUGGCUCCUAUUACCCAGCGACGUUGUGAUCAGUGGCGCUGAGAUUUGAAAUACAAUGAAUGAUAAUUGUUUAGUGCGGGCUUUCUGUUGAGCUAUUUGAGUACAAACCUGUGCAUUCAAUCAACCCAGCUCUAGCUGCUAGAGUUGGUCACGCUAGUGUGACGUCACCAGCAUGGCCUCAACAGCGCCGCCACGUUCUCUGCCGUUUGCUGUGGAUGUACAGGGAUUCGACCAGACACGGUUGAAGAAGCAGAAACCGCCGCGCGUACGCAGCAAGCCACGAGUGCGCAGAAUGGCGCGGGCCAGGCGCCAUGACCCGAACAAGGAGACGACGGCGGACAUUGCCGGCAAGCAGGCGCCGAACGCGGCCGACCAGCUCGCCUACGAGAUGCUGGUGCAGCGAGUGCGAGCGCACCGCGUGAUCCCGUUCAUCGGGGCCGGCAUGUCCAUGCCCUCGCUGCCCAGCUGGUAUACACUGCUGAAGGAGGUGGGAGAGAACCUCGGCAUCACGCUGGACCCGAGCGCGCCGGGCUUUGCGCCCAUGGUGGCCACCGAGCGCCUGAGGGACGAGGUGCACAAGCGAAACGCGCGCAUAGCACGCGAGGCGGCCGCAGCUCCGCCGCCGCCGUCGUCGUCAUCCCAGUCGUCAUCAUCCAGCGGCGGGUCAGCACGUUCCGGCAAGCGUACAUUGGAAAGGCAAAAGUCGCGCGUCGUGUCGAGCGACUUGGCGGAUGAGAUUCUCUCCGUGUUCCGUACGUUCCUGAAGAAGCAUGGGGAUGACGUGGACAACAUGCUGGGCCCCAUGCUCCUUGCUGAGCCCACGCCUGGUCUUAUCCAUAACGACAAGUUAAAGCAGGCAUUACAGUUACCCGUGUCGCUCAUGAGCGGACCUUGGCCGCUGGUCAUGACCACUAACUGGGACAGUUUCCUGGAGGCUGCAUUUGAACUAUUACAGGACGCAAACGGAGAUAAGGAGCCACUUGACGUGUGGGACGCCGACCAUCCAAGCUCUCAGCACUUCUAUCGCCGUGCAAGCCGAACGAUUGUCAGAUACCGGGCCGAUGUGCAGGAGGUGUUUGCCGAGCUACGUGCUGGACUCAACCCUCCGCGUCUGCUCAAGCUUCAUGGCGAUUUCACGUUGAAAGGGCGGCCAGAGCUUGUGGCCGGACACGCCGAUUACCGUCGUCUCAUGGUGCAUGGUAUUGCGUUCACUAGAUUGCUACAGUACAUCUCGUCAAACUACUCGCUGAUGUUCUACGGCUCCUCGCUCACCGACACUGAUCUGUUGGCCAUGUUGGACAGUCUGGUGGAGAGUUUGGGAGGUGAGGUCGGGCCUCAUUUCUGGCUGACGGCCGAUGAGGUGUCCAACGAACGAGUGAACUUCCUUCGCCGCCACUACAACGUCUACACUAUCCGUACUCCGAAAGCAUAUCAGUUUAAGGAGCUGUCACAUCUGAUGAUCGGUAUUAGUAACAAAGGCUGGCGCGUGCCUGAUCCACUGUCGUUCAACAAGAUCUCAUUCAAUUACGAGGUGGAGUUGUCGGACGCUCUGAUGUGCACCAAUGGUUCCACCCAGUCAGCAAUGGAACUGUCAGUCGACGACCUCCUUUGCACCGCCAUCGUGUCAACAGUCGACUCGGGUAAUUUGGAGAUAAAUCCAUCGUCGCCGAUGUCGAUCGUACCAACUCGCACACGAAUCCGCGUUACUCUUGUUGCAACGGCACGGAGUUGA